ACCAUCAAUCAAAGAAGAUGUUGAGAAGCUGUUUGAAAUUAAUAGGGCAAUGGGCCAAGUGGAACUAAACCUUGAUUUGGUAGCACUAAAUGUUGGUGAAACAUAUGAAUUGUGGAAUGACAUUGUUGUGAGACCUUUUAGAACUCACCAUGUUAUACCAAGCCAGGGUUAUGUCAUUUACUCUGUGAGAAAGAAGCUGAAGAAGGAAUACAUUCAUCUGAAAGGCAAAAGGAUUGAGAAAUUGAAGAAAUCUGGUGUUGAGAUUACAGACAUUAUAUUGUCUCCUGAGGUGGCAUUUACUGGAGAUACAACAUCAGACCACAUGCUUGAUACACGAAAUGUGGAUUCCUUGAGGGCAAAAACUCUUAUAACUGAGGCAACUUUCCUCAAUGAAGGGUAUAGCAUCAAGCAUGCACAAGAGCAUGGUCACACUCACGUAUUUGAGAUCAUGGAACAUGCACAGUGGCUCCAGAGCAAGGCUGUUCUAUUAACUCAUUUCUCGUCCCGCUACAACAUAGAGGUGAUUAUUCUAUCAAAUUGCUUGUCUCCAUUUUAGUUCCUCCGACACAGCAAUUCCAAUUGCAUCUCUAUCUGUUAAGAAGGUUUGACCAUCCCAUCAACAAGAGAAACAGAUUAAUACUAAAGUUGCUUCCUAGAAUCCCAUUCGAAAAUCAUCUUAGCCAGAUGGUUUAGUCCUGUCAUUUGAGGUUUUUUUUCCAUUUUGCAGAUGUGUAAAUAGAAUAUGACAUUCGUCAAGCCAUUUCAAAGCUGCAAGCUAGAGUGUCGGCAAAGGUGGUCCCUCUAAUGGAAGGUUUCAAAUCAAUGUAUUCUUAAUUAUCUUCUAUUAGCAGAUAUAACAUAUCUGAGGGCAGUCUAGAAUUUUGGCAAAAGUGAUUCUUGGUCUUUCUAGAGAGUUCACGGGUUCUAAAUUCUUGAGGAAUGCACUCACAAGAUCUUGCUAAUUUUGCCCAAGUUGAGAACAGCAGUAAAUUUCAGGUUUGGAUCUGCCUCAUCUCUAUAGUUCGUAAUAGUUGCAAUCUUUCUUAAAGAAGACAUGGGCAAGAGAAAAGAAAAAGUUAUGUUGAUUUUAUUCAUAGAUGAUGAGAUGAUAAGGAGGUUAAUAUGCUUUG